AUGACAACUACGAUUAAUACAACUAAUGCAUCAAACACAUCCAGUGCAUCAAGCACACCUACUCAUAGUAAUGUACGUCGUAAUCGUGGUAAUAUUCCAGCCAGACUUGACAUCCCAGUAAAUUCUUUGACACCCUCUUCGUCAGCUCCAUCAUCAGAGAUUGCGGCUGCAUUAGGAAGAAUAACUCCACAACCGUCAGAAGAAGAUGAUGGAAUCAGCACAAUAAUAGACAAGGUUACAAUUAUGAGUGUGACAGAAGAGUCAGUGGCUGAUGAGCCGGUUGAAAUGGACCAGACUAAUUUAAGAGAGUUGGGAAGAUUGGGUGAGGGUGCUAGUGGAACCGUAUCAAAAGUUGAGAAUAUCAUAACUGGAGAAAUAAUGGCUAAAAAGAAAAUUAAUGUAGUACCUGCUGAUGAGAAUAUGCAUCGACAAAUUCUUCGAGAACUACAAUUUCUUCGUACAUGCCAUUCACCAAAUAUUGUCACUUAUCAUGGAGCAUUUCUGGAAGAUAAUAACUCAUCGAUUGCUAUAAUCAUGGAAUAUUGCGAGGGUGGAAGUUUAGAUGCCAUAUAUAAAAAUGUUAGUAGCAGAAAAGGAAGAAUCGGGGAGAAGGUUUUGGGAAAAAUUGGUGAAUCGUGGGAUCUGUGGCUGAGACAUUCCUUGCCUGAACGUAUUAGAGGAGAAUCUUAUAAAGUAUCAGCAGAUGUAUGGUCUCUAGGAUUGACAAUAAUGGAAGUGGCACAGAAUAAAUUUCCAUUUCCUUCAUCAACGCCAAUUGAAUUGGUCACACAUAUUGCAACUUCACCAGCACCUAAACUUAGUGAUGAGUUCCCAUGGAGCGAAAACCUUAAAGAUUUCUUGAGGGUUUGUUUGGAGAAGGAUGGAAAGUUACGACCAACACCUAAAGAAAUGCUCGAUCAUCCAUUUAUUAAAAAGUCAUUAACUAAAGAAGUAGAUUUAGAAAGAUGGAUUAAAGAACGUUUUAAAAAAUAUGACUCAGCCUAG